UCGUUACACAACUCAAGGGUAAACCCGUAAAAAGACCUACCUUCUGUCUCCCCCUCUCCAUCCUCUCAUCUCCAACCAUAACUUUUUUCAGAAAGAUAACAUUUACAAAAAUUCAAAUCUUUAAACAAAAAAAAAAAAAAAGAAACUUUACAUUCUAUUACAAGUCUACAUAACUCAUAGAUCACUGCACUCUCCGUAUCAUAACCACAAACAUGAAGGCGUCGAUGAAGUUUCGUGAGGAGAAGAACCCUCUCCUCCGCGCCAAGAUCCCUCUAAGCAUCUUAGGCCUCCCGUUCCAAUCCGGAAUCGUCGCCGGAGAAUCCAAAGAGCUCAGCCUCAACCUCUCCACCUUCUUCGAAUCAGGCCCGUCUCUCAAGCUCGCGUACCGCCCCAACGACUCCCACAGCCCUUUCUCCCUCGUCGUCAAAACCGGGACGGGACCCUUCGGCUCGCCGAUCUCCACCUCCAUGCUCAUGAGCGCCGAGUUCAACCUCCUCGGUAACAAGAACAGCCCGACCUUCAUGCUCCACUUCAAGCCGCGAUUCGGCGACUUCUCGAUCAAAAAGUCUCAUUCCUCCUCCGGUCUGAUCGGAUCGGUGAGCGGAGAGGAGGAUUCGUCGAUCGAGGUGGUGGAUUCUCCAGGUCCCGGCGGAGGGUUCAGGAAAGUCACCGUCUUGCCGUCGACGUCCGCCGGAGAUAUCGCCGGUUUGCUUUCCGGCGUGGAGGUCGCGGCGAGGACGUCGCUGCCGGUGAGGGGACGCGCGGUGGUGAAUUUUCGGUGGGGGGUUAGGGUUCCGACGGAGAUCAGGCGCGAUUUCGAUCCGACGGCUGAGAUUUCGUUGCGGAGGUUUCCGUUUCUGGUGAUGGAUAAGAUAGGGAUCGAACACGUGGACGGGUGUGGUGGUGGUAAAGAGACUAAACCCGUUAGCGAUCCGGGUAAAGUUUCGGGUUUGAGAAAUAGUGAGGAUGUGUGUUUGGUUAUGGAGGAGCUUCGGUCGGAGAAUAGAGAGUUAAAGAGAGCUGUUGAAGAUCUAAGGGGAGUGAUGGUAUCGAACGUCAGGCCAUUCUAUCCGGCGACGGUGGAUUAUGGAUCGCAUUCAAAGUACCGUGAAGCAGAGAGGAGCAACCACAACAACAGCAACAAUGGUAGAGCGAGAGGUGAACGGUGGAGUAGUGAGAGAACGACGUCGGAUUAUGGCGGGAAGAAGAGCAAGGAAGACGGUGACGUGGCGGAGGAGCUGAAGAAAGCCUUGAAAGGAGCUGCUUGAUGGUACUAUUUGGUGGUAACUCUGCCAUCAUCUUGAGAGUUGAUAAAAAGCUUUAUUCGUCUUUCUUGAUUUAGCUAUGGCUUUUGUAUAUAUCCGUUUAAGUUACUGCUGGCAUUUUGGAACAUCUUCUGAACAUUUCAAUGGAAUUGCAAGACGUUUAAUA